AUGUUUCUGUUCUGCAGUCGGCCCGUCGGUUCUGCUGAGAUGGACUCGGUUCUGACCUCAAAGCCUCGCUUCCACCUCGACCUCUGGCUCUGCUUCACCCUUCAGACCUGGAUCCUGGAUGUGGGUCAUUCUGUCGCCACGGUAACGAGAUGAUGGAGGUUUUUGUUCAGUAGGAUUAACUUCUUAUUUGUUGGCGAGAAAAAAGGAGGAUAAACCCCAAACUUCCACCUUCAUCCUGAUCGUCUCCUAAAAGGUCGUAUCCUCCGAUCGUAGCUGAUCGUAACCAUUCAAGUUAACGUGUCAAUUUACACCGACUUCUUUCCGUUCCUCUGAGGAUCGCCGGACUCCUCAGCUGAUCACAAGAGUUCUAGUUUUUCUGGACGCCGGAGCAUGGCGGAUAAAUUCAGCACAGAUUAACCCGUGCUGGAAAGGAAGUCGGACACAGACUUCAAAAUAAAACAUCCGGCUUCUUUUCAAAAUAAAACACUCCGUCUUUCAGGAGGAUCGUAUUUCACACCAUGCAAACGGGCGGAGACGAACAAGUGAAAGGUUUUUAGACGUCAUUUCACCCCGAUGACACCAUGGAUGAGGAGAUGCUGAUUCUAGAAGUCUAGAAGUAGAUUUCCUCCUCUGGAAGGACACAAUCUACUGCUUAUAUGUCUAUGUGUCUGUCUUUAGAGAGACGACUCGUUAUCGUGAGAUUGAACGUGAAUCUGAGGGUUCUUUUGAGUUCGAUUACUAUAAGCCGCAACAAAAUUUGAUUCACCAACAGAUCCGGUUGGAAUUGCCGGGCGGUGAAAAUUGCCGUCGUUCAGGAUUGGAGCCGCUCUGGAUGAGGUGAAAAUUGGGGGUCAAAAUAAGUUUAAAUUAGAGCGAGAAUUAAAAGACAAACUCACUGACACAUCUGAUAACCGUCACCACAAAGUCAUUUCUGUUUUUACAGAGCCUAAACUUUUGGUUUGUGUUGACUGUGGCGCCCCCUGUGGACAAAGAGGGUACCAGAGUCAAAGAUUGAAAUCAUAAAUCGGUGUUUUCUUCUGUUAAAUCUCUCCUCAGCUCGUCCUCUCAGCAGACUGGGUCCCUCUGAACCGUCCAGGCACUGCAGAGUAUCUCCACAUCCUGUCCAACAUCAGCACCUCGCUCUUCCUGCUCAGAGUAACUGAAGCAUCAGGACACAUUUCUGCACAAACUUUAACGAUCUCAUCAAACUCUCAGAUUUACAGACUGAGCUUUUCUUACAGAUGCUCGAGCGCAGCCCGAGGAAGCUGCCUCCCAUCGCCGUCCACCUCGGCAUCAUCUCCAUCGUCACGGGAACCAGCCUCCACCUGGUGGCCGAUUCUGUCACCCAGCGGCUCCUUCUGAUUGGCUACCAGCUGCACCUGUCGGUCAGAGAGAAUCCAGUGAUGAAGAGCGUCAGACCGUCCUCACUGGUGGGUUCAACAUCAGACCUUCUUCAUUGUCUCUGCACACGCCUGGAACCCGCCGUAAGGAUCCUGUAAGGACCAGGAUGUGCUCUGAAGUCAGAUCAAUCCAACCUGUUUUAUUUAUCACAUUUUAAAAACAUUAAAGUUUACUGCACAAUAACAUUAAAAGAACAAACAGAAAAUAAAAGCAGGUAAAAAACAUUUAAAAUGAAACAAAAACACAAAAGCAUCAAAGAAAUCAAAGUCCACAGUCAGAUACUCAAAAUCUUGACUGAUUUGAGAACGUCAUCCGGGAACUUUUGCCAGACUAUCCAUACUUUUUUCCAUUUUGCGUUGAGUAUAGUUAAAAUUUUAAGUAUUUAGUGUGGAAGUAUGUGAUUUUGGACACACCAGCUGAGUGAUGUGAUCAUGUUUUUAUUUACCUGUUAAAAGACGAGCAGCAGAGAGAAACCUGAUGAACACCGACGUAGAGAGAGUUACAGUCGACCAAUCAGAGAGCGGAAAUACAAACAGGAAGGACUUUAUUAAAAUCAUUAAAAGAUAAAAAACGAUUUAACUUUGGAGAAAAGCCUCAGAUGAUAAAAACUGGAUUUAACUACAUAGUUGAUUUAAAAUCUUUUACUUUUACACUAAGAUUUAAAACUGUGGGUUUAUAAUAAGGUGGAAGAGGGUCCGAGUCGCAGAGAGGGGUCUCCUGGGCCUGAGAGGGGUCUCCUGGGCCCCGCUGGAGCCAAAGAUGAUUAAUUCAGUUUUCUUUUCAUUAAAACUUUAAAAUCUCGAGGCCAUCCAGUCAUUUAUGUCUUUAAAACAAUCGAGCCGACGUUUCAGAGAGCUACCAUCUUCUUUCUUUACUGGAAGGUAGAUCUGAGUGUCGUCUGCAUACCAAAGUGCAUGAACACAAAACACAAAUAUCUUCCCGCUCCUGUUUGUGUUGUCGAACAACGGUGACGUUUGUCUCAUAUUGAUGACGUAAAGGUCGGAUGAACUCGACCUGAGCGUCAUACUGCAGUCACAUCAGAUACAUAUCUGAUUUACACUCACCGGCCACUUUAUUAGGUACACCAUGCUAGUAACGGGUUGGACCCCCUUUUGCCUUCAGAACUGCCUCAAUUCUUCGUGGCAUAGAUUCAACAAGGUGCUGGAAGCAUUCCUCAGAGAGCUUGGUCCAUAUUGACAUGAUGGCAUCACACAGUUGCCGCAGAUUUGUCGGCUGCACAUCCAUGAUGCGAAUCUCCCGUUCCACCACAUCCCAAAGAUGCUCUAUUGGAUUGAGAUCUGGUGACUGUGGAGGCCAUUUGAGUACAGUGAACUCAUUGUCAUGUUCAAGAAACCAGUCUGAGAUGAUUCCAGCUUUAUGACAUGGCGCAUUAUCCUGCUGAAAGUAGCCAUCAGAAGUUGGGUACAUUGUGGUCAUAAAGGGAUGGACAUGGUCAGCAACAAUACUCAGGUAGGCUGUGGCGUUGCAACGAUGCUCAAUUGGUACCAAGGGGCCCAAAGAGUGCCAAGAAAAUAUUCCCCACACCAUGACACCACCACCACCAGCCUGAACCGUUGAUACAAGGCAGGAUGGAUCCAUGCUUUCAUGUUGUUGAUGCCAAAUUCUGACCCUACCAUCCGAAUGUCGCAGCAGAAAUCAAGACUCAUCAGACCAGGCAACGUUUUUCCAAUCUUCUAUUGUCCAAUUUCGAUGAGCUUGUGCAAAUUGUAGCCUCAGUUUCCUGUUCUUAGCUGAAAGGAGUGGCACCCGGCGUGGUCUUCUGCUGCUGUAGCCCAUCUGCCUCAAAGUUCGACGUACUGUGCGUUCAGAGAUGCUCUUCUGCCUACCUUGGUUGUAACGGGUGGUUAUUUGAGUCACUGUUGCCUUUCUAUCAGCUCGAACCAGUCUGGCCAUUCUCCUCUGACCUCUGGCAUCAACAAGGCAUUUCCGCCCACAGAACUGCCGCUCACUGGAUAUUUUUCUUUUUCGGACCAUUCUCUGUAAACCCUAGAGAUGGUUGUGCGUGAAAAUCCCAGUAGAUCAGCAGUUUCUGAAAUACUCAGACCAGCCCUUCUGGCACCAACAACCAUGCCACGUUCAAAGUCACUCAAAUCACCUUUCUUCCCCAUACUGAUGCUCGGUUUGAACUGCAGGAGAUUGUCUUGACCAUGUCUACAUGCCUAAAUGCACUAAGUUGCCGCCAUGUGAUUGGCUGAUUAGAAAUUAAGUGUUAACGAGCAGUUGGACAGGUGUACCUAAUAAAGUGGCCGGUGAGUGUAUAUCCACAUACAGAAGAGGGUUGGAUCAGAACCAAUCAGAACUGACCUUCAGUCUGAACGUCGCUGUAGACCUCACAGACAGAAGAAGGAGCUGCAGCUUUAAUCCGCUCUGAUCAAACUUCUCCUCUUUCUUCCCUCGAGCUGACGAACAGAUAUUUCUGUGCUCAUUGAAGUUUUCUCUUCAGCUUUAGGUGUCCGUGCAUUUUUAAACAUGUGAUCACAGCCGCCGUGAGCAACCUCCGGUUUCUCUGAACUUAAAGGCUGAAGCUUCAAAAGGACUUCAGUCAACUGAAGUGUGUGGAUUUCUCUGCUGCAGAAUAACUUCAGGUUCUUAUUCUAGUUUUUGUGAUUUCUGAUAGCAAUAGUCUGCUGUUAAAAUUAUUGAUUUCUGAUCAGUUUGUAAAUCCACACCUCCACAGGAAACUGUCUCAGCUCCUCCUGCUGAAAACUUCUCCCAGACUUCUCCUCGGCCUCUUGGAGUCUCUCAUCGUGAACAUGAUUUUAUUUUGCAGGUUGAUACUUUUGAGCUUCUGCUUCACUUUGACGACACGCUCGGUCACCUGCUGUGGUGAGAGAACCUUCAGGGAUGUUCCUGUUUCUUCUGGAGUCAUGAUGUUGUCCGUUCCUCAGACGUUUCUCUUGAUUGUCCUUCCUUCCUCUCCUUCAGGUACGUCCCUCUCUUCCUCGUCCUCUUCCUCUUCUUCAGCGGUUCUUUCUGUCGUAGGAAACAGGAGGAGAAGAUGCCUCCAGCAGGGUGGAUGCUGCUGGCCCCCAAUGCUGCCUACUACUGGUCAGAGCGCUGUACUGCAACAACACACACUCCUGUGUUCAGUCAGAGAAAACACACGUUGAAAUGUGACGCAGACCGUGUGUGUGUGUGUGUGUGUGUGUGUUAGUAAUAAUUGAUCAGCUGGUUCUCAGGUGUUGCUGACUAAUCACUUUACUGACAGAGGAGCACUUCAGGCUGAGAGCAGAAACCAGGAACCCUGACGGAGGAUUGAAGUGGAUUUAUUCUCAUGCAAACAUUAAAGUAGAUUCAGAAUAAAGAGAUUAAACCUUUAAAUAAAAUAUGACAGUCUGUGGAUCUACUGACGUGACAUCUUUAAGAUAUCAGAGUAUAUUUUAUAAAUAUUCAGUUGAAUUGACCCUCAGACCCUCCUCUUCCUCCAGGUUUCUGAUCACUGAGGGACAGACCUUCAUCCUCUUCAUCUUCACCUUGUUCGCCAUGACCGCCACAGUGAUGCACCAGAGGAGGCGGGGCUUGGUUCUGGACAGUAAUGGUCUCUUCAUGCUGUACAGGUUAGCAUUAAAACUGUCUGCCUUUGAAACAGAUUCUGUGUUUGGUCUCACUCAGCUCGUUUACAGUCUCAGUUUAAUCGACUAAACUCAUAACUCGUCUUUUUCUCUGAAUCAGACUUCUCUCCUUGUCCUCGUUUACAUGCAGCUGAGAAAACUGAAUUAUUGACGUGAACGUGUCCUCCUCCCAAACACUAGGGGGCGAUAUGGGUCUUUACAACCGUCAACAACAACAGCAGGUCGGUGUCAGACGUCAGAAGUGUCUACAACUGCUGCUGGGCAUUUUGGAGAAACAAGAAGAUGGAGCAUCGUACAGCGUUGUUUUUGUCCGACAUGAUGGACGCGCUACUUUUUCUAAAGAGGAGACCAACGCUACUCCUCUACUCUGGGGGUUUUUGUUACGGGGUUACGGGGGCGUGGCGUCAUACUCCGACUACGCUGGUUACAUGGUAGAGUUCUCAAACUCCGAUUAUAGUCGGACUAAGGUGUUUACAUGACCUUCAGUUGUCCGGUCUUAAUCGGAAUAAGGCGAUAAUUCGGUUUUCUCGAGUGUGAUGGAAACGGACUGAAUGAAAGACCUUUGGAAACUCUGAGAGACAAAAACCUCCAGACUGGACUCCACUGACCCCCCAGAGCAGACCUGUUAAAGAUCUCCCUCUCUCUCUCUCUCCCUCUCUCUCUCUCUCUCUCUCUCUCUCUCUCUCUCUCUCUCUCUCUCUCCCUCUCUCUCUCUCUCUCUCUCUCUCUCUCCCUCUCUCUGUCUCUCUCCCUCCCUCUCCCUCCCUCUCUCCCUCUCUCUCUCUCUCUCUCUCUCUCUCUCUCUCUCUCUCUCCUCCCUCUCCCUCCCUCUCUCCCUCUCUCUCUCUCUCUCUCUCUCUCCCUCUCUCUCCCUCUCUCUCUCUCUCCCUCCCUCUCCCUCCCUCUCUCUCUCUCUCUCUCUCUCUCUCUCUCUCUCUCUCUCUCUCUCUCUCUCUCUCUCUCUCUCCUCUCUCUCUCUUCCCUCUCUCUCUCUCUCUCUCUCUCUCUCUCUCUCUCUCUCUCCCUCUCUCUCCCUCUCUCUCUCUCUCUCUCUCUCUCUCUCUCUCUCUCUCUCUCUCUCUCUCUCUCUCUCUCUCUCUCUCUCUCUCUCUCUCUCUCUCUCUCUCCCUCUCUCUCCCUCCCUCUCCCUCCCUCUCCCUCCCUCUCUCUCUCUCCCCCUCUCUCUCUCUCUCCCUCUCUCUCCCUCUCUCUCUCUCUCUCUCUCCCUCUCCCUCCCUCUCUCUCUCUCUCUCUCUCUCUCUCUCUCUCUCUCUCUCUCUCUCUCUCUCUCUCUCUCUCUCUCUCUCUCUCCCUCCCUCUCCCUCCCUCUCUCUCUCUCUCUCUCUCUCUCUCUCUCUCUCUCUCUCUCUCUCUCUCUCUCUCUCUCUCUCUCUCUCUCUCUCUCUCUCUCUCUCCCUCUCUCUCUCUCUGUUAGUUUCUCUGCCGCUCUGUUCCUGGUGGCGGUCUGGGUGGCGUGUCUGUGGCGUGACGGCGUCCUCAGAAAGAAACACCCCGGUCUGAUCUACGUCCCUCAGCCUCGGGCCGUCUUCACACUCCACCUCCGAAACCACACAAGCUCCUCCCCCUCCUCUUCGAUCUGACUCCAUGUUGAUCCCGCUGAAGACGACAAAGACGAUCUCUGCAGGAAGUUCAACUUUCUCCUGGAGUUUAAGUCAAAGAAGGAUUUCAUCACUGCUAAUGAUCAGCUCUCUACUUAUCCACACUUUUUUUAAUAGUUUGGUGGGUUUGUGACUUUUACUCGGGUGUGACUUAUUUAUUAAAAUGUAUAAUUUCUCAUAUAGUCUGACGACAGUCACACAGAAGAGGAAGCAGCGCUUUGUCCACGGAGGAUAAAGAAUUGUGUAGAUUCAGUGAUUCAUCCUCAGCCGUCAAAGUGUCUCAAGACGUUUUUAUACAUCAAGACAAAAGUUUGAAGACGUCUCCGUGUCUUCAGACGUCCCAGAGCAGAAAACAGGAUUUAAACUGACAUAAUUUUAAGACACAUUAACUUUGUCUUUAGACGUCCACAUCUUCAGACGGCUUCAUGGUCCAGCUGUCUUGUUUGGACUGGAGUAUUUUGAUGAUAAUGUUAUGGUGAUGGUCUAUUUAUAUUUGACUUUAAAAUCUGUUUGAACAUUAAUCA